GCCUUUUUCUUUCCUCCAUGAACAAUCAGCCACGAGGUCGAAUACGAUCGCUCUCUUCUUUAAAAAGAAGAAAGAAAAAAAAAAAACAAAUCACCAAUUUCUCUCAAAGGCCAAUCAAUCUCAGUGAUCUACUUGCAAAAGUCUCCUCGAGAGGCCCAGUAGUUAACAUGGCUGGCCAAAACGCGCGUUUGAAUGUGGUUCCCACUGUUACUAUGCUCGGAGUUAUGAAAGCCCGUCUUGUUGGAGCCACAAGAGGCCAUGCUCUCCUCAAGAAGAAGAGCGAUGCUUUAACUGUUCAGUUCAGGGCUCUUCUCAAGAAAAUCGUCACGGCCAAGGAAUCAAUGGGAGACAUGAUGAAGACAUCGUCUUUUGCUCUUACCGAAGUCAAGUACGUUGCUGGUGAGAAUGUCAAACACGUUGUCCUCGAGAACGUCAAAGAAGCUACGCUCAAAGUCCGUUCAAGGCAAGAGAACAUCGCUGGUGUGAAGCUUCCGAAGUUUGAUCACUUCUCUGAAGGCGAGACCAAGAAUGACUUAACCGGUUUAGCUAGAGGUGGUCAACAGGUCCAAGCUUGCCGUGUCGCUUAUGUGAAAGCCAUUGAGGUUCUCGUUGAGCUUGCUUCUCUCCAGACUUCGUUCUUGACGCUUGAUGAAGCAAUCAAGACGACGAACCGCAGGGUCAACGCUCUGGAGAAUGUGGUGAAACCGAAGAUUGAGAAUACCCUCAGUUACAUCAAGGGAGAGCUUGACGAGCUUGAGAGGGAAGAUUUCUUCAGGCUUAAGAAGAUUCAGGGAUACAAGAGGAGGGAAGUCGAGAGACAAGCUGCUAACGCUAAGGCGUUUGCUGAGGAGAUGGUUCUUGAAGGAAUCUCUAUGCAGAGAGGGAUUUCUAUAAACGCUGCUCGUAACUUGCUUGAAGGUGGGGCAGAGAAGGAUGCAGACAUUAUUUUCUAAAGUGUGAGGCUCUCUCGCUAUUUAUCUUUUGUUAUUAUUACUCUCUUCAUAAGACUUCAUGUUUCUACAAAUAAAAUGGAUUUGAUGUAGAUGAAAUACUGUAUCAUCUUGGAUUGUGCUUUGCUAUAAUUUUCCUCUGAGAGAUUUGUGAUUGUUACUCUUCUGCGUUAUGAUAAAUGUAAAACGUUACCUUGCUUA